AUGGCCUCAUCUAACACCACCGGCUCGACAAAGGUCGAUGCUGUCGUCCAAAGUGUCGUUGCCAACACCCCCGAGAAGCUCAGCGGUGUUGCCCUCUACUCAAGAUUCGCCUUGGCUGGUGCAGUCUGCUGUGCAAUUACCCACGGAGGUCUCACACCCGUAGAUGUCGUCAAGACAAGAAUCCAACUCGACCCCGUCACAUACAACAAGGGUCUCAUUGGAGGUUUCCGACAAGUCAUUGCUAAGGAGGGUGCCGGUGCUCUGUUGACUGGUUUCGGGCCAACAUUUGCCGGAUACUUCCUCCAGGGCGCAUUCAAGUUUGGAGGAUAUGAACUCUUCAAGCAACAAUCCAUCAACCUCCUCGGAUAUGAGACUGCCUCCAACAACCGAACGGCUGUCUACUUGGCCUCUGCUGGUGCCGCAGAAUUCUUCGCCGAUAUUGCCCUCUGCCCUCUUGAGGCCACCCGUAUCCGUCUCGUCUCCGAGCCAACAUAUGCCUCCGGUCUUGUCGGCGGAUUCAGUAAGAUGCUGAAGAACGAAGGUGUUGGUGCUUUCUACGCUGGUUUUGGUCCUAUCUUGUUCAAGCAGUAA